ACCACCUUUCCUUUGUUCCCUAUUUGAUUUAACCAUUUUUUUAUAGCUGCAAUUCAACUAAUUGAUAUAAUUUAUUUGGACCUUUUUUAAUGGCGGACAUAGUAGGGGCAAUCUUCGGUGCAUUGAGUUGCAUUUGUGGUACUCCAACCUGCAACUGUAUAGAUCAAUAUCGAAAUUUUAAUGAUGAUGUGGGUGAGCUGAGAAGAAUAUUGGACACUCUAACCAAUCGAAAGCAAGAUAUAGAAUCAAGAAUAGAAGAAGCAGAGGCUUGCGCGGGACAAAUGGUUAGACGAGAAGUGCAAGACUGGCCUAAGCAAGCACAAGAGAUCAAUGUUGAUGUGCGAGCAUUUUUAGAAAAGGUGCAGGGAGUCAAGUGGUACAAGCGUGCCUGUCUUGACAAACGUGUUUGCAGAAAAAUUAAAGUGGUGGCGGACAUGAUUGAAAAAGGUAGAUUUCCUGAAGACCUUUUUAUUGAGAGAGGUCCAGCUCAUGGAAACAUAAUUCCAAUAGAGAAUUUAGUGUUGGAAAUAUCUACUAGAGAAGAAAUUUGGAGGUACUUGAUGGGUGAUGAGGUUGAAUUGAUCGGAGUUUGUGGGAUUGGUGGAGUUGGAAAGACUACGAUCAUGAAGAAACUCCACAAUGAUUUACAAAGGGAGACUAGAUUUCAGAAAGUGAUAUGGGUUACUGUAUCAUAUCCUCUCAAUGUUUUUGAAUUACAAAGGAAGGUUGCUGAUGCUAUGGGCGAAAGACUUCGAGACGAUGAAGAGGUGAUGAUGCGAGCAGGCGCACUAAUGGAAAUAAUGAGAAGAGUGAGAUUUGUGCUAAUAUUAGAUAAUGUAUGGGAAAGGUUCUCUCUCAGUGAUGUUGGAAUUCCAGAACCGACAGUGCAAAAUGGGUGCAAAGUAAUUAUUACUAGUAGAUUGACAGACGUAUGCAGUUAUUUAGAUUGUAAGAUUGUCAAAAUGCAACCUCUUUCACAAGAGGAGUCUCUAACUCUGUUCCUCAAUAAGGCUGGGCAUGAUGUUUUACAAAUUUCUGGGUUGGAAAAAAUCUUGCAGCUUAUUGUGAAGGAGUGUGCUGGUUUACCACUCGCUAUUGUUGUGAUAGCAGGGAGCAUGAAAGGAGUGGAUGAUAUUAAGGUGUGGAGAAAUGCAUUCACUGAAUUACAAGAAUGUGUUAAGAGUGUGAAAGGUUCGGAGGAUGAGAUAUUCCUGCGGUUAAAAUUUAGUUUUGAUCGUUUGCCUAAUGAGAAAAUUAGGAAUUGUUUUCUUUAUUGCUCCUUGUUUCGCGAAGAUUAUCCAUUUGUAAGGGAGGAAUUGAUAGAAGGAUGGAUUGAAGGACUAAUGGAUGGAUUGAGAAGCAGGGAAGCAGCUUAUGACAGGGGCCAUGCCUUUUUAGAUGUGCUUGAAAAAAAUAGCUUGUUAGAGAAACAUUUCGAGAGGACAAUUAAGAUGCAUGAUGUUGUGAGAGACAUGGCUAUCAGAAGCAUUGGUCCUGGAGUUGGAUAUAUGGUAAAAACUGGUGUGAAAUUGACAGAGGUACCAAAUGAACAUGAGUGGGCCAGAGAUCUUAAUAAGGUAUCUCUAAUGGCAAAUGACAUUUCAAAAAUUCCUGUUGGUUUGACUCCAAAGUGUCCAACCUUGUCAACUUUGAUAUUAUCAGACAAUCCUUUGACAAAGAUUCCAGAAUCCUUUUUUGAAGAUAUGAGUGGACUCAAGGUUCUUGAUCUUUCUAGAACCAAUGUUGAAGCUUUACCUGGUUCCAUCUCUAAGUUAAAGUAUCUCUCUACACUGCGAUUAAGAGGGUGUGAGAGGUUAAAGCGCUUGCCUUCCUUAGAGAAGCUUCUGGCAUUGAGGAAGUUGGAUCUGAGAUGGGCAAGAAUUGAGGUGUUCCCUCAAGGCAUGGAGAUGUUGGUGAGUCUUGAAUAUCUUGAUUUAUGUUGUAAAGGUUUGAAAGAGAUUCCAACAGGAAUAUUGUCUACAUUAUCUAGUCUCCAGUGUUUGGUAGUAAGAAGUGAUUGGGUAAAGAUAAAUUUAGAAGAGGUUGCUAGAUUGAGAAAGUUGGAGAUUGUAUGAUGUAAUUGUGAUGAGAUGCAAGACUUCAAUAAUCUUCUGAGGGAGUUUAAAAAUCUCCAGAGUUUUUUUACUUAUGAGUUUCUAGUGGGAAAAAAGUGGAUCCUGAUGUCGGUAUUGUCAAUCCUAAAUAUAAAUGCAGAUUUAUAAUUAGUGAGUGUGACAUUGGAAAAGCAUUUGUAGUGCUUCCAGAUAAACUUCAGCAUUUGCGGAUCCAUACAUGUAAAAGUAUCGGAAGUAGCUUAGACAAAAUAGAUUUGUUAGAAAAUGCAACCGAGUUGGGUGUUUGUAUGAUUAGUGAUUGUGAAGAGACAGAGUACGUGGUUGAGUUGGAUUCCUCCUCCUCAUCAUGUAAACCAGUACUUGAUAAGCUUGAAGGUCUGUAUCUUUGGUAUUUGCCUAGGUUGCGGGCACUAGUGAGAGUGGGAGGAGUAGCAACACCGCCACGUGUCUUUUCCAAUCUUAAGAGACUUCAUAUAGAAGAAUGUUCAGGAAUGAGGCAGUUGUUUCCACUUGAGCUACUGCAGGCCCUCCAAAAUUUAGAGGUGAUUCGGGUUAAUGGUUGCGAACAAAUGGAGGAGAUAAUAGCCUCAUCAGAUUUAAAUGCAUCAUCAUCGGAUAAAUUCACUUUCCUUUUUCCUAAAUUACGGGAAUUGCACUUGUCGAUGUUACCUCAAUUGAAGAGCAUUUGCAGUGCCAAAGGAGUUAUGGUUUGCAAUUCUAUUGAAGAAAUUUGGAUAGAGGAAUGUCCAGAGUUAAAAGAGGAUCCCUGUGCAGCUUCCACUGCUUGAUAAUGGCCAACCAUCUUCUCCUCCUCAUCUCGAAAAAAUCUGUAUUUUUGAAGACAAAGAAUGGUGGGAAUCAGUGGAGUGGGAUCAUCCUAAUGCAAAGAUCAUACUCCUACCUUUCGUGCAAUAUGAUGGUAAGGUGUUGAUUGGUUUAUUCUAAUUUGAAUUUGAUAGUUUAAU